UAAAAACACGAUGAACAAAAAGCUUCAGCAGGAUAUUUUCAUGAGCCUCUGAUGUGAUAAUAACAAGCGCUUCAUUAAAACUCUGCUCUGUGUGAAGCACACUCCCUCAUACACAUCAAAUAUGAUCAGCUGGUUUCAGGAAACCAACUAACUAAACUUCAUCUUCUGCCUGAAAUCAAGGAGCCAUGUUUCUAAACGGCCUUAGCGACAGUAACUAAGGGGCGGGGCGCCGUCACAGCGAGAACGCGGAGGCUCCGCGGGAUCCGGAAGUGCUCCGAGACCAGAAUCCAGACUCAGUCCAGGACAACACGGUCCACCAGUCACAGCGGAGACCUGCAGGACGAUGGAGAACCAGAACCCGGACCACAAGAGCCAAACAGCAGCCUCGUGCUCUGAUAGCACCGAUGUUCAGAAACGGAGAGGAAGAGAGGGACUCAAACGUCACUACUGUCAGCUCUGUGACAAAUCCUUCACAACAUCUGGACAUUUAAGGAGUCAUCAGAGAGGUCACACAGGAGAGAAACCGUACAGCUGUGACCAAUGUGAGAACGCUUUCACUAGAUCAGAUAUUCUAAAAGCCCACCAACGUGUUCACACUGGAGAGAAACCAUACAGCUGUGAACAUUGUGGGAAAGCUUUCAUUACAUCAGGUGCCCUAAAAAAACACCUACGUAUUCACACUGGAGAGAAACCGUACAGCUGUGGACAGUGUGGGAAAAGUUUCUGUCAAUCAAGUCACCUAAAAACACACAGACGUAUUCACACUGGAGAGAAACCGUACAGCUGUGGACAGUGUGGGAAAAGUUUCUCUCGAUCAGAUCAGCUGAAAACACACGGACAUAUUCACACUGGCGAGAAACCGCACUGGUGUGAACAAUGUGGGAAAGCUUUCACUACAUCAGGUGCCCUAAAAAAACACCAACGUGUUCACACUGGAGAGAAACCGUACAGCUGUGGACAGUGUGGGAAAGCUUUCACUACAUCAGGUGACCUAUUAGUACACAGCCGUGUUCACACUGGAGAGAAACCGUACUGGUGUGACGGAUGUGGGAAAGCUUUCAGUCAAUCAGAUGCUCUAAAAACUCACCAACGUGUUCACACUGGAGAGAAACCGUACAGCUGUGAGCAGUGUGGGAAAAGUUUCACAAAAUCCAGUGACGUUAUUGUACACAGACGUGUUCACACUGGAGAGAAACCGUACUGGUGUGACCAAUGUGGGAAAACUUUCACUUCAUCAGGUGGCCUAAACAAACACAGAUGUGUUCACACCAAAGAGAAACAGUACUCAUGUAAAACAUGUGGGAAAAACUUUACUAAUGGUAGUAGCCUUAAACUCCACCAAUGCAGUCACACUGCUUACGAGAACGCGGAGGCUCCGCGGGAUCCGGAAGUGCUCCGAGACCAGAAUCCAGACUCAGUCCAGGACAACACGGUCCACCAGUCACAGACCUGCAGGACGAUGGAGAACCAGAACCCGGACCACAGGAGCCAAACAGCAGCCUCGUGCUCUGAUAGCACCGAUGUUCAGAAACGGAGAGGAAGAGAGGGACUCAAACGUCACUGCUGUCACCACUGUGACAAAUCCUUCACAAGAGCUGGACGUUUAAAGAGUCAUCAGAGAGUUCACUCUGGAGAGAAACCAUACAGCUGUGACCAGUGUGGGAAAACGUUCACUAGAUUAGAUUUUCUAAAAGCCCACCAACGUGUUCACACAGGAGAAAAGCCGUACAGCUGUGGGCAGUGUGGGCAAGGUUUCACUCAAUCAAAUAACCUAAAAGCCCACAAACGUGUUCACACUGGAGAGAAACCGUACAGCUGUGGGCAGUGUGGGAAAGCUUUCACUACAUUAGGUCACCUAAAGUUGCACCAACGUGUUCACACUGGAAAGAAACCGUACCUCUGUGUACAGUGUGGGAAAGCUUUCACUACAUUAGGUCACCUAAAGUUGCACCUACGUAUUCACACUGGAGAGAAACCUUACAGCUGUGGGCAGUGUGGAAAAAGUUUCACUACAUCUAGUGACCUUAUGAAACACAUACGUGUUCACACCGGAGAGAAACCGUACUGGUGUGAACAAUGUGGGAAAACAUUCACUUUGGCAGGUGGAUUGAUAGGACACAGACGUGUUCACACCGGAGAGAAACCGUACUGGUGUGAACAAUGUGGGAAAACUUUCACUCAAUCAGGUCACCUAGAAAGACACACACGUGUUCACACUGGAGAGAAACCGUACUGGUGUGAAACAUGUGGGAAAACCUUUACUAAUUUUAGAAACCUUAAACGCCAUGAACGCGGUCACCUUGCUUAGUUAGUUUUGAGACAAGCGAGUUGUUUCCUCCAACCUCCUCCUCAUGCUGUAAUUCAGUCCUCAAAGUCUGAUAAGACUGGGGGCCAAUCUGGAGAAGCAACGGUUCCAUUAGUCUGAGCUAGGGGUGGGAGAAAAAAUUGAU